AUGUUGGUGGAAAUAAGCUACUUGAAGAAGUGCACAGUUGUUGUUCUGCUGAUUCCAUCUGUGUUAACAAUAAGAUGUUUCUCGGCUACCACGCCAAGAGACACCAUCGCGUUCAAUGAAUCUAUUUCUGAUGGGCAGAACCUUGUUUCUAGUGACAAGAAAUUUGUGCUUGGAUUCUUUAGCCCUGGAGCUUCAAGCCACCGAUAUAUUGGUAUAUGGUAUAACAGUAUUCCAAAUGGAACGGUUGUAUGGGUUGCUAACAGGAAUGAUCCAGUACAUGAUAAGUCCGGUGUACUUAAGUUUGAUGAUGUCGGUAAUCUGAUAGUCCAAAAUGGCACAGGCAGCUCGUCUAUAGUUGCUUUUGGUUCUGGGGUGGGAGUGAGGGACAGGGAGGCUGCAAUACUGUAUACUGGCAACUUGGUGCUAAGGAGCAUGGCCAACCAGUCAAAUAUCAUAUGGGAUAGCUUUACCUAUCCUACUGAUACAUGGCUCCCUGGAACGAAUAUUACACUUAGAAAUUUGCUGAAAUCAUGGAAGAGCUAUGAUGAUCCAGCAACAGGAGAUUACACUUUUGGUUUUGGACCGAGCAUAGUUAAUACAUCAGCAUCACAAUUCAUUAUUAACUGGAAUCGGAAUUCAUUUUGGACAAGUGCAUCCUGGAAUAGUGACACGAAUUCUCUCAUUCCAGAACUGAAAUCUAUGAGUAUCAUCCCUGUUUCAUUUCAGUGUGACAACCUUACAUGCAUGUACACUCCCAACCCUGCUGGCAUAAUGACUAAGAUUGUUUUGGAUCAAAGUGGUUCACUGAACAUAACACAGUUCAAUCCGGAAACCAGAUUGUGGACAUUGUUAUGGAGACAUCCAGAUAGUUGUGAUGUGUCUAAUUUAUGUGGAGUUAAUGGUGUAUGCAACAACAGUAUGUCCGUAUCAGCAUCAGAAUCCAUUUGUCGGUGUCCAGAAGGAUUUGCAGCACAACACCAAUCAAAUUCCGGGAAAGGGUGCACCAGACAAACCCCACUGCAGUGUAAUGGUGAUAGGUUUAUUGAUAUGCUUAAUAUGACAGUUCCUGGCAACAGACAGAAGCUGUCAGUUGUGGAAAAAAGUGAAUGCGAAUUUGCCUGUAUGAAAAGUUGCUCUUGUACGGCAUAUGCUCAUUCGCUCUCCGAUGGUUGCAGCUUAUGGCAUGGCAAUCUAACAAACUUGCAGGAUGGAGUUGAAACUCUUCAUCUUCGUAUAGCUGCAUCAGAAUUACAUGGUCACAAAAUGCUUUGGAUGGCGUAUGUACUUCCGCCAGUUGCAUUCCUUGUCUUUUGUCUCAUCUCUUUUAUUUGGAUUAGGAGAAGGAAAAACAAAGGGAAAAGAAAACAGCCUGAUCACCCCCUCGUCAUGGCUUCAGAUGUGAUGAAGCUUUGGGAGAGCGAAGACACAGGCUCUCACUUUAUGAUGCUUUCCUUUUUACAGAUAGAAAAUGCCACAGACAACUUCUCAACUGAAAACAAGCUUGGGGAGGGAGGGUUUGGCCUGUGUACAAGGGCAACUUACCAAAUGGAGAAGAUGUUGCUGCUAAGAGACUUGCAGCGAAUUCAGGGCAAGGACUACCAGAGUUUAAGAAUGAAAUCUUGUUAA